AUGUCCUCUGAUUGGGACAGAGUCCCCUCUGACGCCGGCUUCGAUAGCUGGAACGAGCUGAAACUUGCCGCCGACGAGCGCGCCGAGGAGGUCACCGCCGAGCUUAAAGCCAAGAGGGCGGAAAGAGAUGCCAAGUUCGCAGCUGAGAUGGAGAGAAAGGAGUUGGAGUGGGCCCAGACGCUUAGAAAGAGACUGGCCAUGAAACCUAUGGAACCCGAGAAUGGCAAGGCGAUGGGGGGAAUGUUGGUCAUGAAGCAGUUGCCGGAGAUGAGGCCUCAUGAUGGAGGAGCAUCGCAAGGUUUUGGAGGAGACCAGAGUGAAAGCCCGGCACGAAACGGACAAAAAGCUCAACAGGAGAUGGUCAAGACGCCGGCGGAUCAGGGCACAAAGGCGAACGAGAAGCGCAAGCGCGGUAAACAGCCCGUCAACGGACACUGA